AUGGUUUGCGGGUGGAGUAUUUGUACAAAGAGGCAUGACAUGGCAGCUUGGCCUCCCUUCUUACCAAGGAGCUCUUCAUUGGUCAAAGCUCCAGAGGCGGAAGUGAAAAUUCCGGUGAAUUGCCAACAGGAAAUCUCUAAAAAAGAAUCAAAAUGCAACAGCACAGACAAAAGCCUUCUCUCCAAGGCCUUCGCCUCCGUUUCUGGUUUCAACAUCACCUGGUUCAACAACUCUAAACCCAACUGUAAAAAUCCUCCAAUUCUUGAAAUUAGACUCCCAUCAAGAAAUCUCAGAGGUACCAUCUCAUGGAAAUUCCUCAAAAACAUGUCCAACCUUCAAACCAUAGAUCUCUCCAAAAAUUAUUUGACUGGUUCUGUUUCCUCUUCUCUUUGGUCUAUGAAAACCCUGGUCGAAAUUAACCUGUCAAAGAACAGAUUAGGAGGCUCGGUCGAGCUUCCGAAACCUGAAAUUGUUAAAUCUUCAGCAAUUCGAAAGAUCAAUCUUUCUUUCAAUAGGUUUAAGAAUUUUACUUUUCUCUCUAAUUUUCCUUAUCUCACUUUUCUUGAUAUUUCCCACAAUGAUUUACAAAUUGUUCUACCUCAUUGGUUCACCAACUUAACCAAACUUGAGAUUCUUAACUUUUCUAACUGUAAUAUUUCAGGAAAUUUAAAGCCAAUUUCAGGUCUUUCACAUUUGAAGUAUCUUGAUGUUUCAAAUAACCACCUGACUGGAAUUUUUUCUGCUGAUUUCCCACCAUUAGGUAAUCUCAAGUUCUUGAAUGUCUCGUUCAAUAACUUCUCAGGUGAAAUGGAUUCGAAAACGUUAAAAACAUUUGAUAAGUCUUCUUUUAUUCAUGCCGGAAAUUUCAAAAUUCAGAAUUAUACUUCCACCCCGGCGUUGCAUACUAGACCCCAUCAUUCACCCAUCCCAGCUCGCCAAAUACCAGACAACAUAAAUUUCAUCAAAAAAAGAAAACCCAAAUCGAAAGCCAAGACUCUGGUUUUAGCCAUAUCACUUGCAUCAACAUUUCUUAUCUUGGCCAUUGGGGUUUUCACAUAUUGCGUGUACAAGAAGAGAAAGAUGGCGAGACAAAACAAAUGGGCAAUUUCAAAGCCAAUUCAAGUACCAUUUAGAUUCGAAAAAUCGGGUCCAUUUUCCUUCGAAACAGAAUCUGGGUCCUCAUGGGUGGCUGAUAUUAAAGAACCCUCUUCAGCACCGGUGGUGAUGUUUGAGAAGCCAUUGAUGAACCUUACAUUUAAGGACUUAAUUGCAGCCACAUCACACUUUGGGAAAGAGUCCCUUCUUACAGAGGGUAGGUGUGGGCCCGUGUACAGAGCCGUACUACCAGGUGAUCUUCACGUGGCAAUCAAGGUCCUGGAACAUGUUAGGGACCUUAGCCAUGCCGAAGCUGUAGCCAUGUUUGAAGACUUAUCAGGGUUGAAACACCCCAACCUGCUGCCUAUUUCUGGCUAUUGCAUUGCAGGUAAAGAAAAGUUGGUACUCUAUGAAUUUAUGGCCAACGGUGAUCUCCACCGUUGGUUGCAUGAGCUUCCAACAGGAGUACCCAACGUGGAAGAUUGGAGCACUGACACGUGGGAGCUUCAAAAUGGGUCCCAUAAUUCAUCACCGGAGAAACUGGAAUGGCACACUCGCCACCGCAUUGCAGUGGGUAUAGCGCGUGGCCUCGCCUAUCUGCACCAUGCACGGUCCAAGCCAGUGGUGCAUGGACAUUUGGUUCCUUCGAAUAUAUUGUUGGCGGAUGACUUUGAGCCCCGGAUAGCUGACUGUGCAAUGAGUCAAGACCGAGCCGGUGGUUCCACCGAGGCCGAUGUUUAUAAUUUUGGUGUAGUGCUGGUGGAGUUGUUGACGGGUAAAUCAGGUUCACAUGAGACUGUGAACUGGGUGAGGAGAUUAGUAAAAGAUGGGAUAGCUGAGAACGCGCUCAACUCAAAGCUGAGACUCGGUGGUGACUCGGUGAUUGAGAUGGUCGAGUGUCUUAGAAUUGGGUACUUGUGCACGGCGGAGGCACCAGGGAAAAGGCCCACAAUGCAACAAGUUUUGGGUUUGCUCAAAGACGUACAUCCCAACCAAUAG